GCCCAUGAGCGUUUUAUAAUAAUAACUAAUGAUGGAAUCUGCCUGAAAAUGGAACAGGACAUCAGGUGAUGACAGAGCUAAAAAUGCCCUGUCAAUCUGUGACAAUUUUUUAGCCCUGACUUAUGCCAUAAAAUAUUCAAUUGCAUGACAAAAUUCUUUUGCAAAACAUAAAAUUCAACUAACUAUAAUUUAAAACUUAAAUUUGCUUCCUUAGUUGAAUUCAAAUAGGUGCUAAUGUUACAACUUGCAGUUCUGUUUUUUUUAACCACUUUGAAUUUUAUUACACAUAAAAAAGUUUCAAACGCUGAAAAAUGAUUUUGACUUAAUCAGAUGUUUGAAGUUUCUUGAAUGGAUGACAACAAAUAUGCAAUUAUAACAUAAUGAUAAAAUAUUUUUUUAACAGUGUAAUGUUGAUCCCUUGGCAUGAUAUUUAUUCUCAUAUGUCUAAUUUGAUAUAAUUUACAAAACACCUGUUAUGCCCAAGCGGUUGUAAUGUUCCUUUAGCUCAACUAUUUAAGCAUAGCACUAGCAUCGCCAAGGUCAUGAGUUGGAUUCACAGCGAAUGCAUGGACUGAGAAAAUGUAUACCCUGAAUGCACCGUGAGUCUCUUUGGAUGAAAGCAUCUGUCAAAUGCAUAAACUGAAAUGUUAUAAUAUUCUCGAAAUAAGGUGAACGAGAGGACACGGACAGGAUUACAUCACCUUAUGUCCAUAAAAUAUAUCACGGUGACCUUUAUGUUCAUCUUAUUUUCUUUGAGUUUUUUAGAUGUUCCACUUUCAGAAUCCAAACUUUCCUCAUCAGGUGUAUGGUUGUGGGUUUGGCCAGUGGACAGGUAUGAAGUGUUUAUCUUCUCUAAAUAGACAUAGCACAAAGCUCCUGCUCUGUGGAAAUCCUGAUUAGAGGUGGUCCCAGCCCGCUGUGUAGGUUAGUUUAGAUGGAAAGAUUUUACUAGCAACAGAUAAGAGGAUUUGAGAGGAAUUAAUGUCAUUCUUUUAUUACUGUAAGAAUAAAUUCCUAACGAUUUAUGUUUGGGUGACAAAGCAGAGCAUCAGAGCAUGUGGAUGGUAAGGGAUGUGUUCUGAGCUCAUCAAACACAACCUGACGGGUUAAAAAAGCCCUCACUUACAUGCACACAAUUGGAAUAGGAAGCUGAAUUAUGCAGUGACUGACUGAGGAUAUAUGCUCUAAGAUGCUCAGAUAUGCACAAUAUAAGAUUUGUGAUAAUAUAAGAUUCAAGAUUUAUGAUUAGGUUCGGAGACACCAACGUGUGAAGAUCUACAGGGGUCAAAAGGAUUGCCGUGCCGUUUCCCAACGCCCUCUCAACUGAGGUGUGCUGGGGAUGGCCAGGACUCAGGAGCAGUCCUGUAUUGGCCCCAUGGAAGAUUUCUGGACUACUGUUGCAGGACACAGAGACCCAGAGAAAGAGAGACAGGUGUUUCAUAUUCCAGCCAGGCCAUGAAGCUGGUCUUGCUGAUCCUCAGGUUGCUGUGCCUCGCCUGCCUCUGGCCUGAAACCUUGUUAAACAGCCGCUACCCUGACCGUAAGAAGAACAAGGAUGUUUACUUGGUUGAGCAUGCCAAACACAAAUUCAGAGGACGGAUUGACUACAAAUUAAAGAAAAAAGACAGCACCAAGUCCCUUCUCAUCAAAAGUGAACAGCUACUAAAAAUCGAAGAUUGUGACUUUGCCAUGAGGCCUGGAUUUGGAGGUUCUGCCAUACCUGUGGGCAUUGAUGUACAGGUGGAGAGCAUAGAUAGCAUCUCUGAAGUUAAUAUGGACUUCACAAUGACCCUGUACCUGAGGCAUUAUUGGAAGGAUGAACGGUUGGCUUUUCCCUCAAGUAACAAUCUCAGCCGAACAUUUGAUGGCCGGCUGUUGAACAAGAUCUGGAAGCCAGAUGUGUUCUUCGUCCAUUCCAAACGCUCCUUCAUCCAUGACACCACCAUGGAGAACAUCAUGCUGAGGGUUUACCCUGAUGGCAACAUCCUCUACAGCGUCAGGAUUACAGUUACUGCUUUGUGCUCAAUGGACUUCAGUAGAUUUCCUCUGGACACUCAGAACUGUUCCCUGGAACUGGAGAGCUAUGCAUAUAACGAGAACGACCUCAUGUUGUACUGGAAAAAUGGCAAUGAUUCUUUAAGAACAGAAGAGAUCGCCCUCUCUCAGUUCUUCAUUGAGGAGUUCCAACCCUCCCAUGGUCUUGCUUUGUACAGUAGUACAGGCUGGUACAACAGGCUGUAUAUCAACUUUAUCCUCAGAAGACACAUAUUCUUCUUCAUGCUGCAAACAUAUUUUCCCACAAUGUUAAUGGUGGUGCUAUCCUGGGUGUCUUUUUGGAUUGACAGGCGGGCAGUACCAGCCCGUGUCUCACUUGGCAUCACUACAGUGCUGACAAUGUCCACCAUAAUUACGGGAGUGUCAGCGUCCAUGCCUCAGGUGUCAUAUGUGAAAGCAGUGGACAUCUACUUGUGGACCAGCUUCCUGUUCGUGUUUCUUUCCGUCAUUGAGUAUGCAGCUGUCAACUACUUUACCACCAAGGAGGAGAUGAAGAAACUCAAGCAAUUGAAGCUCUCAGAAUAUGAUGCCUCUCAAGCCAUGGCCUUUGAUGGCUGUUUCCACGAUACAGAUAUAGAGCUCAGCUCAUUUCCUCCACUGUCCGAUAAAAACACGGACCCAUGCAUGUCCUCCCUGAACUCUACAAUGACCGACCUCCCUCCAGUGAAGGGUACGCGCCUCCGUCGGCGACGUUCUAUCCGCCAAAGUGUAAACCAUAUCAUAACCAAUAGUUACAAGAUUGACUCCUACUCCAGAAUAUUCUUUCCUUUGGCAUACUUUCUCUUCAAUAUCAUCUACUGGAGCAUCUACUCAUGAUUGAGAG